UGUAUGACGACACACAUAUAAAAUGAAAAGUAUGAUAGUAAAGUAAGUAAAACACAACUGUUGCCAACAAGACAUAACACAUGUUACACUUGACAUUAGAAUUAUAAUAUCAGAAAUAUCGAACAUGUCGACAGAACAUUCCAAUGUCACCGAAUACACCUUAGAAUUACGAGAUGAUUCAACACUUGACACAAAAGGUGACGCUGACGACGAUGUUUCAAGUAUUGAUGAAUAUGAAGAUGCAGUUGAGUAUCUGGAUGGGAUACAGACAAAUCACCAGCACGAUACAGACUUACUAUCAAGUGCAGAGGAACUAGAAAAUUUAAUCGAGGCUGUUGAUGGUAUAAAUUCAAUAACUAACAUUUCGAUGCCAAUAAACACCAAUGAAGUAUCAAAUACCUUACAAUAUGAUGACAUAGAGGUUUCAUCCAGUUUAGAUGAUCUAGAAAUAGAUGACCAUCCCACAUGUACAGAAGAUGGAAAUGUUGUUGUUGUUGCGAUUGAUUUCGGUACAACUUAUUCUGGAUGGGCUUUUUCUCUCCUUAAAAAAUUCAAAGAUGAUAAACUUGAUAUUCAAACAAAUAAUGGAUGGAAAUCCGGCGAUGGUUUGGUUACACCUAAAGUGCCUACUUGUAUCCUUUAUAACAAAAAUGAAGAGUUUAAUAGUUUUGGAUAUGAAGCUGAAAGCAGGUACGCAGAAUUAAUAGACGAUAAUAGAGCCGGAGAUUGGAGAUAUUUUAGUAGGUUCAAAAUGAGUUUGUUCUGUGAUGACAACUCAGCCCACAUGGGCUUUGGUAGAAUUUCAAGUAGAUAUAAGAUAAAAGACGUAAACGGAUAUCGAAUGUCAGCUUUGCAAGUGUUUGCUGAUACCCUUAAGUUUAUGAAAAACAAUGUCAUUGAGACCCUAAAGCUGAAAAUAUCAUCAAUACCUUUACAAUAUAUAUCAUGGGUGGUAACAGUGCCAGCUAUAUGGACGGAUAAAGCAAAACAGUUCAUGAGAUUAGCAGCUUUAGAGGCGGGUAUUCCUGGUACACAGCUAACUUUGGCCUAUGAACCUGAAGCAGCAGCAUUAUAUUGCCGAGAAUCAACCUAUCAAAGAAAAGGUCAGCUCAUUGGUCCAAUAUCCGCUUUUGGUACAGGAGAGUCACUUUUAAUUUUGGACUGCGGAGGGGGUACUAUUGAUAUAACAACCUACGAGAUAAUAGCAAACGGCAGACUUAAAGAGCUUCACGAGCCUACUGGUGGGCCAUGGGGAGGAACAAUGGUAGACGAGGCUUUUUAUGAGUUCAUAGAGGAAAUAUUUGGAACAGAAGUGUGGAAAAAAUACAAACACGAAUACAAAAGUGAGGUUCUCGAUAUACGGAGACAUUUUGAACUAAAAAAAAGAACAGUUGGUGAAAGCAGUGAACGUAGUGAACUAUUCCUACAGUUUCCACGGAGUUUAUUUGAUAAAUAUGAGGAGUUUUACUCCAAACCCUUUACAACUGAGAAAGGGGUUUCAAGGCAUAGAGAUAAGUUGAGAAUUCCAAGAGAAAACAUUAUAUCAUUGUUUGAGGAAUCGACCACUGCUAUUAUAAAUAAUAUUAAGGAACUAUUGCAAAAGCCAUGUCUAGUAAAAAUAAAAACGAUUUUGCUGAUAGGCGGAUACUCUGAUUCUGCAAUUCUUCGUAAUAAAGUUAUAGAGGAGUUUUCGGAAAUGACCGUAAUGUGCCCUGACGAUGCUGUUUUAUCAGUUGUUAAGGGAGCAGUAAUUUUUGGAAAUUCACCCGGAUUGAUCCAAGAACGUGUUUCUCCUCGGACAUAUGGUAUAUCAUGCAACGUACCAUUUGAUGAUGGCAAACAUCUCGAAAUGCUUUUAGAGUAUAAUGAUAAUCAUGCCAUGUGUAGAGAUGUUUUCAAAGUUCUGGUUCGCAAAGGUGACACUGUGAUAAUUGGUAAACAUGAUUUUGAAACUAUAUUUCAUCCAACAAGAGCAUUUGACAAAAAAGCCACAGUUGGUAUUUAUACUUCAACAGAGAAUGAUCCUAUGUAUACCUUCGGACCUUUCGUGCAAGAGCUUGGGGUUCUUGAAUUAAAUAUACCAGACACAAGUUUAGGAAAGUUGCGAGAAAUUAAAGUUUGUCUUAUUUUCAAAGCUACGGAAUUAACUGUCAUUGCAAAGGAAGGAGGCAACUUAGUACAUGGGAAAUUCAAUUGCCUAGGGUAAAGUUUAUGUUUUCACAAAACAGGAUAUAUAAAACAUUGUAAAAUACUAAUGCUAAAUAUCAUAAUACAUAUGGAAAAUAUACACAAUUGAUAUUUAAAA